ACCGAAACCAGGAAGUGAAAUGCAGGUUGUAAUCUGAUUAUAAACCGGUCAUACAACAACAUGAAGUGUAAUUGAAGUGAUUAAUUUCUAUCCUGUGGAGGGCAGUAAUAGCUGCUGUAGCGUCCUCAGCGCCUCAGAGGAGAAGAAGAAGAAGAAGAAGAAGAAGAAGAAGAAGCAGCAGUAGAAGUCCGUGUGAUCGCAUGUAAGAUGGUCCGCUGUGACCGUUAGGCAGGUGAGACAUUACAGGUGAAGUCUGGACGAUGGAGACAGUCUGACAGUCCGACAGGAAACAUGGAAGUUAGUUUUUUACGAGGUCUACUUCUCGUCUUCCUGACGGUUCGGACUUCAGCAGACGAUGGACAGGUGACUUACGUAUCAGAGCUUUCAUCCAAACCUGCUCAGAAGUUAUCUAAGUAUGGCUGGUACGGCAACGUGAGGCUGCAGAGGUUCCACAUACCGGAGGAGACGGCCAUCGCUCGCUGGCUCUUCUCUGUGACGAAGGGCCACAACUUCAACUGUGGUCAGCACAACGUCACCAUACAUAUCCAAUGGGGUUCCCCUCCAGUCAUAAACCCGGUAACGUCUGCGUUUCCCAAUUCAACGCUUUGGAGCCCCUGUUUGUCUCUGACUCUGCCGGUAACGUCGCAGAGCUCCAUGACAUUUAACAUCUCAGAUCCUGCUCCAGGCGACUGGUACGUUGCUGCUCACUUGCCUGAAGAUGACGGACGCAUAGAGCAGAAGGGCUUUCCGUCCUGCUCCUAUUUCUUCCAGCCUCAGUUAUCAGUCAGGAGAGCUGUAGACACACCUGUUUUACAGCAGGGCUCAUUCCUAACACAGACUGCUGCCCCUGACAGUCCUGCACGCCUUAAGUUGUAUGUUCCAGAGUUUGCCUCGUCUCUCUCGGUCUUGGUGGCUGACUGUUCAUCAGAGGGAGCAGAGAGUGGAAACUGUUCACUGGUCCUCAGGAUCGGCUCUGCUUCUCUGCAGCAGGGCCCAGUAACGGUGAACUGCUCAGGGAUCAGCUGCUCUGCUGCUCUCUCUAACCCUCCCUGGCACACGUGGCUACGCGUUGUCGUGGAGAGCAGCCAAGUCAACCGUACUUUGACCUUUAGUAUUGUCUCAAACUACACAGUGGGAUGUAAGCCAAAAAGUGUGGGCCUUAAAGCAGAUGAUGACAUCAGCAGGCUCCGUGGGAACAGCAGCGAUGCCAACUCAACAUCGACAGGCAACAGCUCAGUGGUUACAGAUGCAGCCACUUUUAGCAACGAAUCUGCAUCACUGGUAGCACUGUUGUCGGCGUCGGCUUGUGUGUGGAGCAUCCCAGUGCUGUACGAGGAGGUGGAUGUUCUGUCGAUCAGAUUCACGCCCGUCAACGGACCCAACAUCAGCGUUACAAACACACACCCCACACUGCUCACCUACCCCCUGCACAUACAAGCCACCGGUGGUACCCUCAACCUGCAGCUCACACUCAACUCUACUAAUGCAACCUUGGGGAACAGCAGCAGUGUGGUGGCUUGCCUCUCUCCCUGGGCUCCAGUCACUGAACUGAACCACUCUCAGCCGUGUCGCACAGCUUUGUUUGGAGGAUACGGUGUUGCUGUAAAUGCCAGCGUUAAUAAAUCUGUGCUCAGACUGCCUUUUCCUCAGUCAACAACAUGGUACCUCACCCUACAGCUCGUAUGCAACAGCAGUAACUGUGGUAACACGUCGGUGGUGUCUGUGGUGCCGGAGGUGUUUAUCAGUGCCUGUGUGGAGGACUGUGGGACGUACGGUGAAUGUAGACUCCUGAGAUCCUACAGCUACCUGUAUGCUGCCUGCGUCUGCAAGGCUGGCUGGAGUGGUUGGGGCUGCACCGAUGACUCCACAGCUCAAUCAUAUGGUCACCAGCUGACAUCGACUUUGCUGCUCACGCUCAGCAACCUGUUUUUCCUGCCAGCCAUCGUGGUGGCUGUCAAACGCUGCUACAUCACCGAGGCGUCCGUCUACCUCUUCACCAUGUUCUUCUCCACGUUCUACCAUGCGUGUGACCAGCCAGGUGUAGCAGUGUUGUGUAUCAUGGACUAUGACACCCUACAAUACUGUGACUUCCUGGGUUCAAUCUGUGCCAUCUGGGUCACCAUCCUGUGCAUGGCUCGCAUUAAAGACACAUUCAAAUAUACUCUGUUCAUGCUCGGGGCUCUGCUGAUAGCCAUGUCGAUGCAGCUGGACCGCAAAGGCCUGUGGAACCUGCUGGGUCCAAUCCUCUGUGCCAUACUCUUCAUGGUCAUCGUCUGGGUGUAUCGAGGGGUCCGUCGGCGACAUUGUUACCCACCGUCUUGGCAGCGCUGGGUCUUCUACCUGAUCCCAGGAGGACUCUGUGCCUUAAUCGGGGUGUGUUUGUACAUUUUUGCCGAGACAGAGGACAACUACUAUUACACACACUCGCUGUGGCACAUCUUGGUGGCCAGCUGCGUGGUGUUCCUGCUGCCGCCAAAGGAGAAGCACAAGGAGUCGCUGGGCUGGAGCAGAGGCUGGAGCUGGAACUGGAACUGGAGCUGGAGCUGGAGCUGGAGACCCCGGGUUUGUGGAUAUACACUCUGUCAGAGCGACAAGGAUGAACUCUACACUGUCACAUAGUAGAUCAGGAGAUGUGUUGAUUGUUAGAUGCACUAUGAAACAUUCACAUACCUUUAGAAAUCCAAGGUACAAUCACAGAAAUGCAGAGUGUGUGCCUGUUGAAAGCCAAAAACGAUAACUGGCUGCCAUUCCUUUCAGUUUAAUCACUUGUGCAGCGACACGUUUGAAACGCUCUUCCACCAUGUCAGGAAAAGGUAGAACUUGUAGGGAAGCAAAACUGGCCAGUAGAACAGGUGGUGAUGAUUGUGUUGGUGAAUCAGAAAAGGAAACAAAUGAAGAGAUCAUUUGCAAAAACAGAUAACUCCGUUUUUAUACAUUUUCAGAAAACUUUUUUUUUAUUGUUUACUUGAGAUAAUAUCAAUCAAACUGAAGUUGAGUGCAUUUGACUCAGUAGAAAAAAACAUGACAAAAUAGAGAAAAAAAUAAUUAUUACUGUAGUGUUAUUAUUAUCUCAAGUAAACAAUAAAAAAUGAGUUUUCUGAAAACAAAGUUACCUGUUUUUUGCAAAUAAACUCUUCAAAUAGUCUUUGAUGGAGCACCCAAAGGGCUUCAUCGUGCCACAGAUCACCAAAUGUUUUCCCUCAGAUGCCUCCAGACCUUACAGUAGAACUCCACAUCAACAAUCCGACCCUGAGCCACAACUUACUGGUGCAUACCUUUUGAAUGUGGAGCUGAACAAAGAGCAUCCGCGUGGUUCGCUCCUGACCUUUUCAGUCUUCGGGCUCUUCACUGCACAGACGACUGUUUGGUCUCUGGAUCGUAGCCGCACACCAACCUGCCGUUUCUGCAGAUACAUGGUGAGACGACACCAGCAAGUGGUCACAAAAACAUGCAUCCCGAUGUCCUCGCUGUAUAUUUACAUUCACACGAUCACGUCAACAGGAACAGAAUCUAAUGUCUUUGAUCGCACCUCGUACACAAGCACAGGGUGCCUGCUGGUGUUGACAAAGUUUUCUUUAAGAAUUAGACUCUUCAAAGUUUCCUAACGUCUUUAAUAAUGGAUUUUAAAAUCAAAGUCAGAUCUGUAUUCUCACAGGUCUGCCGUUUCCAUUAAGUGUGAAGCCGUUCUUAUAUUGGGAUGUGUUUUAUAAAAGUCUUAAAUUGAGAUUAAAACCUGCAGACAUCUUGAAAUGCUAGCCCAAACUGAACCCGAUGAAACCUCCACGGUGGUCCUCCAUACCAGCUUAGGUAUGAACAUCAGAACCUUCAGGAAACAGACCGCCUGACCUUUGACCUCACAACCAGGAGUUUGUGCAUAUUGUGUAUGUACAUAUUUAACUAGAGUAGGAAAUGAAUGUUUGAAAUAUUUAUAAGGAAUAGCACUUUGUGGAAAUCUUCAUAUUCAGUCUAUCAUUGAGUCUACUGAUAAAAUCUGUCAUAUUUACAGCUGAUGUAAACACUCCUUCCUCUUGUAUUUUCCUUUGUGGGUUUUUUUAAAUUCUUUUUAAUCUCACAGAUGUGGGCAAAAUUUGAAAAUAGUUCAAACUUUUUGAUCCAUUUAUAAUGUGCUUGAUCUUUAACUGCCAGAUACUUUAAACAUUCUGUAAAGUACUUUGAGUGCUUGUUUUUACGCUCUGUAAUGUGGUCUUCCCUGAUUAAUGCUGAAUAGAAAUAUUUAAAACCCACACACUACUCCUCUGCCAAAGUCACAUUGAUCAUGCCUUCACAGAAAGUCAUUUACAGCUUCUUAAAAGAGUCCCUCAGUGAUUUAGAGCUGCAUUUCUGGAACACUGUGGGACUCAGGAUUGACGGUGUUUAUAUAAAAUCCUAUAUCUUGGCACCUACAUGACCAGCAAUGCAACACUGGCAGUUUACUCACAGAUUUUGGUUGAGUUUUGCUCGUGAAAUCAUUAUCCUGUAGCAGAGAUGAGGAGGUCUUUAUUACUCCACACCCUCAACUGAUGCAGACUUAAUUUAGGCAGUUUAUCAUAUUUUUCUCAUUUCCCUUUGCGCCACAAAAGACUUUCAACUACUUUUAAAUCGAUUUUGAUGUAUAGAAUCAGUGGAAUUGCCCUUGAACUCUCUUCUGUGUUUCUAGCCAGCUGUAAUUCAGGGUCUUUAAGUUAAUUGUGGAUGUAAACAGGGUAGAGAAGCUAAAUUGUGUAGUCAUCUAAAAUGCAAGAUGCCUCUUCACAAAGAUCAAAACCUAAAAAAAGUCCGUCUUUUCUUGUCUUUUUUUAAUCUACUGUUAGAGUGUCGUCUUCACUGUUCUCUUCCUCAGUCUAAAGCAUUACCAAUUCUUCUGUCUUACUCAUUCUGAAGCACUUUUAUGAUUCUAGAAAGCUGUCUCCACAUUGUAAUGUACAUAGUGUGUGUGUAUGAAUCAGCACUUUAUGAAUGUAUAUUCAGACUACUGUUUAGUGCCUCCUGUUUGUCUCUGUGUGAGUGUACUCUAUGUCCUGUAUUAUUGUGUGUGAAUGUGCCUGUUUUGUCACUUUCCAUUCUUUGUUUUAUGGCUCACUAUGGUGUAUGACUUUAAUUGGUCCAUUCUGUGGUGAUUUUUUUUUAAUUGUUGUGAUUUUUGCACAUGUUGAGAUUGACCUGUUCCGACUCGACUGUCUCACUCGCCCAGCCUUCUUUUCAUUGUUGCAGUGUGGACCGUUUUGAAUCAUUUCAUCUUGUCGUCACUUUUUAGUAUGAAAAGUGGUUCUACCGCUGCAGCAGACUGUUGCUCUCAUUGUCUACAAGGAAGAAUAAAUGCAAUGUUCAAUGUACUGGACGAUUACUUUUCAACCUGUAAAAAAAAAAUCGAAUCAGCAUUUAGUCGACCAAAAAAUAAAUCCAUUAUAUCAGGA